AUGAACAGAAGCACAGCUGGCACUUUCUGCUCAGCAUCGCCAUGGUUAAAUGUUAUCUACUGUACUGCUGGAUCUCUAAUCGUUUUCGAGAACGUUCUGAUGAUAGUGGUGAUCAUCAGAACUCCAGGACUGCACAACAUCGCCAACAUUUUGGUGACCUCUCUUUCGGUGACGGACGCCAUUGUUGGGUUUAUAGCCGCUAUGGCAGGAAUUCUGUUCGCCGUCUUGAAACCGUCAGACUGGAUAUUUCGAUAUAUCUACAUAUCAGUAGCUGCAACUAUAUUGGGAACAACGUUGUGUUCUCAUCUACACAUCGCUGCCAUCGCAAUAGAUCGCUAUAUCUACAUUGCACAUCCCUUCUUCUACUUUAGACACGUCAACGAAAAGGUGGUUUUUAGAUGUCUGCUUGGCGUGUGGUUUCUGGUUUCGUUGUAUACGCUGGCAUCAGCUCUGUCUAUUAAAACGCGAAUGUUUUGUUUAAUGAGAGAGGUCAUGGAUCUGUAUAUUAGCUACGUUGGCAGCUGGAUUACAUUGUUCCUUCUGUGUUUAACAUCAGCUGCGUAUUUCCGUAUAGCAGCCAUUUCCCUGAGACACCGCCGAUCUAUAGCGUCAGUAAACAUUGCCGCUCUUCCAUCUACCAACCCCAGCCAGCCAGGUAAUGACAGAGUAAGCAUCAGUGAGGAAACCUGGACACACAUGCUGAAGACUGUUCGAUUCUUUGUUGUCAUGACCGGCUCCUUUGCUGCAAUGAUGGUCCCCGUGACAAUUUGCAACUUCCUGUUCGGCCACGUUCAACUUAGCAAAACCUUGUUGAACACUGUAACUAUGUUGCCGAUUCUCCAGUCCGGAUUUAACUUCUUCAUCAAUAUUUUCAUGAAUUCUGAUUUCAGACAGGCUGUUGUCCAAGUGUUUUUGUGUCGAAGUGUCAUCUAA